GGGCGUCAGUCACUAGUUCGGGGGUCACGAAGAGAGAUCCUGAUGAAAUUGUUGGGCAGCAAGAAGGGCCAAGUGGUGGUAUCAUAGGUAGUGACGUGACUCAACCCUUUGGGCCAGCAGAGAGGACCUCCAGACCUAGCUGCGAUUGGUUUCCCCUGGAGAGCCAGAGGCAUCUGGCCAGAGAAGCAUCUUGGUCAGCCAGUUCAACCUGGCGGGCAGCCUCAGAUAAAUGCCACACAUGACUUGCCGCACGAGGUUAGACAAAUACUAAAUAUUCAUCCUCGAUUAAUGACAUUUUUCAUUGGAAAUCGGCGGCAGCAGCAACAAAAAUUCGAAACCAACCAGAAACAGGUUAACCGGGGUUGAUACAAUAAGGUGCAAGGAGGGAUGCAGCCUAGCAUGCAGCAAGGGGGGAUGCAGCCUAGCAUGCAGCAAGGAGGGAUGCAGCCUAGCAUGCAGCAAGGAGGGAUGCAGCCUAGCAUGCAGCAAGGAGGGAUGCAGCCUAGCAUGCAGCAAGGAGGGAUGCAGCCUAGCAUGCAGCAAGGAGGGAUGCAGCCUAGCAUGCAGCAAGGAGGGAUGCAGCCUAGCAUGCAGCAAGGAGGGAUGCAGCCUAGCAUGCAGCAAGGAGGGAUGCAACCUAGCAUGCAGCAAAGAGGGAUGCAGCUUAGCAUGCAGCAAAGGGGGAUGCAGCCUAGAAUGCAGCAGGAAGGGAUGCAGCAUGGAGGGAUGCAGCCUAGCAUGCAGCAGGGAGGGAUGCAGCCUAGCAUGCAGCAGGGAGGGAUGCAGCCUAGCAUGCAGCAGGGAGGGAUGCAGCCUAGCAUGCAGCAGGGAGGGAUGCAGCCUAGCAUGCAGCAGGGAGGGAUGCAGCCUAGCAUGCAGCAGGGAGGGAUGCAGCCUAGCAUGCAGCAGGGAGGGAUGCAACCUAGCAUGCAGCAGGGGGGGAUGCCGCCUAGCAUGCUGCAUGCUAGGCGGCAUCCCCCCUUGCUGCAAGGGUGGAUGCAGGGUAGCAUGCAGCAAGGGGGGAUGCCGCCUAGCAUGCAGCAUGGGGGGAUGCCGCCUAGCAUGCAGCAUGGGGGGAUGCCGCCUAACAUGCAGCAAGGGGGGAUGCCGCCAAGCAUGCAGCAAGGAGGCUUGCAGCCUAGCAUGCAGCUAGGAGGGAUGCAGGCUAGCAUGCAGCAAGGAGGGAUGCCGCCUAGCAUACAGCAAGGGGGGAUGCCGCCAAGCAUGCAGCAAGGAGGGAUGCAGCCUAUGUGGAGCAGUAAGCAGGGUGGCAUAAUGAACCAGAACACUACCAAUCAUCCCAUGCAAGGUCUGUCACAGCCAAUGCGAGCUCCUCUAACACAAGUCAAUAUACCUCCUUCGCUGCAGCGGCAACCGCACGAUAACCCUUCGAAUCCGGGGUUGACAUCAUACGGUGCAAGUGGGAUGCAGGUAUCAAUGCAACCUAGUAUGCGGGAUGGUAUAAUGGAUCAGACGACGUCCAACCAUCCCGUGCAGAAUCGGCCACAACCAAUGGGAGCUCCUUUAACGCAAGCCAUCCCAUUUGCGGGCGAGACUGGUCAGCAAAGGUGGUACCCAAGGCAAAUCCCUACACAUUUAAGGCAGCAGCAAGAAAAUCCACAAGGAACAGGUCAACCUCGGAUGAUACCACAAAGUGUAAGUGGCAUGCAGGGAUCUUACGGGUCAGUUCAGCAAGGUGGAAUGCAACCUAGUAUGCAGCAAGGUGGAAUGCAACCUAGUAUGCAGCAAGGUGGAAUGCAACCUAGUAUGCAGCAAGGUGGAAUGCAACCUAGUAUGCAGCAAGGUGGAAUGCAACCUAGUAUGCAGCAAGAUGGAAUGCAACCUCGUAUGCAGCAGGAUCGGCUACAGUUACCGGAAGUUCUUGAACUAUAUUCUCGCAUGACGCAACAGUGGGACCAAGAGCAAAAUAGUAUGCAGUUAAGGCAACAACAGAACCAACACCCACACCAUCAGUAUCAACCAGGGAGCUAUCAGCAACGUAAGACACCACGUUUCUCAAGUCGACGAUUCAGAUUCUCGCAGCAUAAUUGGCAGAGUGGUGAUGGCCAGUUUGGACAAGGUUUUACCCAGCAGCAACAAAGGAACCCAGUGCCAUACAAUGUCACCUCAGGCUAUUGCCCCAUUCAUGGUGAGUUCGACUAUAACGAACUCGACCACACAACAACUGAUGAUUAUUCCGACACCUCGGGUAAUUUGCCACAAAUGCGGUUAUCAAGUGAUGUCCAGUCAGGGCAAGGUUUUUCUCAGCAGCAGCAGCAGCAGCAGCAAACAUUGUGGCCAAUGCCACCCACUGUCAGCAUAGACCGUAACUUAUUGCAUGAUGUUCCCAGAGCGGGUUAUAUCGGACUCCUUCAAAUAGCAAAUAGGGACUGUGAAGUCACCUCGAGUAAUCUGCCACAAACAGCGCAGUCACCACGGCCUAACUCCUCGCCUAGAAACCAUAAUACCACCCCACCCCCGAGGACUCAGCCCCUGAGCACCCCACCCCCGUGGCCUCAGCCCUUGAGCACCCCACCCCCGUGGCCUCAGCCCCUGAGCAACCCGUCCUUGAGCACCCCGCCCCUGAGCACCCCACCCCCGAGGACUCAGCCCCUGAGCACCCCGCCCCUGAGAACCCCGCCCCUGAGCACCCCGCCCCUGAGCACCCCACCCCUGAGCACCCCACCCUCGAGGACCCCACCCCCGAGGACCCAGCCCGUGAGCACCCAGCCCCUGAGCACCCCACCCGCCCGAGCCCCCCGUCCCCGAGGCCCCCCAGCCCGCGAGCCCCCGUCCCCAUAA